AUGUUUCUUCCGAAUAAUCUUGACGAUCCCAAUGAGAAGGAGACUAUGGAAAUGAAGGGCCCUCUUUCGCUUGUCCGCAGAGCUAUGGUGAAGAUGAAGCCUGUGCUGGUUUCUUUGCGUAGCAAUAGAAAGGUCCUAGGAAGAGUGGUAGCAUAUGACAGACACUACAACUUAUUGAUGGAGGAUGCUAAGGAACUCGGUACCACGCGCGGAAAGAACAAGGGGAGAAAGAAGAGGCAAGGAUGCGAGUUCUCCAGAAAACUCGGCAAGGUGUUUAUCAGGGGAGACACGGUCAUACUUGUCGCAGGAGAGAUAGAGGUCGACCAAGUAGAGAAGGAUGGCUUGGAAGAUGGAAAGGGAGAGGAUGCGAGCCUUCCGGGAGAAGUAGCGGCCGGCGACGAAAUCUAA